GGGGAUUCAUUCGAAAAAGCCCUAAACUGUAGGAUACCCCACGACAACAUGCUCUCGAGAUGCUGCCACCUGCAUGGUGCCACACUGCCACUAUCAGUAUCGGUAGCACUGCCAGUUGCCAGUGCAGUGCAGUGGAGAUGUCACGUUUGGCUAGCAACAGCAAUCACAUCUUUUGCUUGGAAGCGCAUACAAUAAGGUACUAGUAACAAUAACCGACACCAAGUCGUGAUAAUGGCUGCCAGUACCUCAGCUACUGCUGCUGACAAGGAAGACAAGCACCUGAUGAUUGUGACAGAACCCGAUGAUAAUGAUGUUUUGUUGGGGCAGGGCCACUACCGGCAUCCAGGAAACCAACGCCUGAACAGUAUUGUAGAUUCCAAGGUAUCGGAAUACCGGACACAGAGCCGUCCCUUCAAAACGUACAUGGCCCACGAGAUUAUUUCCUCUCUCCGAAACAAGGGCGCCAGGUUCCUGAAGGAGUUGGCUCCCAAGGGUUGGAUCAUUGUAAGAGAUGACAAGGAAGCACGAGAAAAGGUUGCACAGAGGUUCCAGUACAUGAUGAGGAAACAGGCAGACAACCAAUUCGUGGCAAAAGACGCCACGAAAGGAACCAAGAGCAAGGCAAAGGCUGCCAAGGCAGGUGGGACACCAAUAGCGCCUACACCAGAGGCGAAACCAUCAUCCACCACAACCACGGCUCCAGUAGCACCGGUACCAUCCACACAUUCGACUUUGGCCUGGAAUGGAGGCACUGUGAAAAUCCCCUUUCUUCCUGUAUUUCACCAGCUGCAAAAGUCUAGUGUGAUGGUGGAUGACAAUGUGAAUGAAGUAUUCAUUAGACUGCAAGAUUGCUUUAGAAUCAUUGGGGUUCAAGAAAGCUUCAACCAUGAACAAGCCAAUGCCCUCUUGACGGGACCAGAGAAUCAACUGAAGAUACAGAUGAAUCUUUGGAAGCCUCUGGGUGGGAACUGUGGGGUCAUUGUGGAACUGGUCAACACAGAGAGCGACCAUCAACUAUUUCACAAGUACAGCAGGUACAUUCUGGAGGCUGCAACUGGUCUGUUCCAAAAGUACAGCCACACUCUGUUCCAAGCUAGAGGACUGGCUACAUCAUCUGUCCAAGAACACGUGAGCGCCUUUGCUUCCGCUUGGAGCACAGCAGACGGCAACCAUAACAACAACAAUCAACACAAGAAGACCCACCCAACACCAAAGGUCGCCUCUGAAGAGGGCAAAGAGGCACAGGCUGUGGUCAAACCGGGGAUGGUAAGGGAUCUGAGCGACCGAAGCUUACAGUCAAAGAAAGAAAAGACCAAGACAGCGACGCCGGGGUCGCCCGCUGGCAAGCAAAAGAACAAAGUAAAGCUACCAGCCAAGACAGCGAAGCGUCAGGAACAAGUCAAAAUUCCUCCCCUGGCGCCCUCAGCAAAGAAGGAGGCUAACACCGAUGCCAGAGCCGAGAUUGACUCGACGGCACCGUGCUUUGCUUCGGCAUUCACUCGGUGGGAAACAGGAGUAGCGGCUCCAAACGACACGGCAGAAGUACCUCCCGUGGCACGGCGCAGAAGACCAUCGACAACAAAGGUCGUUGCGGCUACUGCUGGCACACUGGCUGACGACAAUCCUUGGGAACCAUUCCCAAUCGACACGGCAAUCUCACUAUCAGGGGCCGAGCUACCAAAGGUCGAGCAGCCAGGGGAAGGUUCCGUGGUGUCCAUGGCGCCAGCGAAACGCAGUCGCGGCACACCUAACGUCCAAGUCGCCACCGAAGCUGCGGGUCCUCCAUCGCCAAAGAAAGCCAAUUGCGGCUUCGAAACUAAAAGCAACACAACUGACUUUCCUACCAGCUCCAGCGAGGCAACACUGCCCGCUCAGCAACCGGUCGAACGAUUGCCCACAGCCGAUCCGUAUCCUUUGGUUGGCUGGGCACGAGCUGCAUCGUCAAACCAGGAGGAAAUGAAGUGUGAUAGCAGCGUGGAGGAAAGGUUGGACGCCGAAAUGAUGUCCUUGUAUCACGCGACGGAGUCUAUCAAGCGGCUAUCACUGUCGAGCAACGAUGGCAGUUGUAACGAGCCGCGCACGGUGCGAGAUAUCAACGAGGCAUUCCCAGUUGGGCUGUUGCCGAUUGGUUUAUCUCACCAGGAGAUGAAGUGCGACAGUAGCUUGGAUGACUUGCCACGCGAUGAUGAAGAUUACUUUCUACCAGCGGCGCAAUCAUUCCUCCCGACUUCCUUCUUCGGGGCGGCAAAUCCCAGUGCCUUUUCUGCGACACUGAGAGUCCCCAACCCUCCAUCGCCGGCACACUCUUUUUGCUCGCACGUCAGUGUAGAAAUGCGCUCUUCCGAGCCAUCGCCGUCGCCCUCUCCGUCGUUCACAUCGCAUUGCAGCAUUGAAUUUUCUCUGCCGUCUCCCUGUGGCUCAUUCAACUCCAAAUGCUCGCUUGGGUUGAACUCUCUGAAACAUGUCCGGAUGGACGAUUCCGUGUCGCCGUCCAUGCUAGAUUCGGAUCAAUCAGCAGUGCAGGAUCGGCCUCCGCCGGCAUCUCCGAUUCUGAAAUCCCAUCCCAGCGACGAUUCCGUGCCACCCACUAUUUUUGUCGACUCGUCUGCCGCCACAGGCGUGCCCUCUGCUUAAAAGUUUUUAUCUAGCUAAAGCAAGCGCUAAGAUAUUGAUUUCAUUACCCCCAGAGAGUUGCAAACACUGCUUUGACUUGGCUUACAAUAGCAAUGCCAGUGUCGCCUUCAUCGAGGCUGUGCCGCUUCGAAGGCACACCACCAAACGAAUUGCCCGCCUGCCCUGAACUUCGACAACGGCCAGCUCACUGUGGGCCCGUUGUGGACUUGAUGCAGCUUGAAUGGCAACCUUCAAUAAAAGCGCAGCCCCAACCACGCCUAUUCCGUGACUGCAACCCCGAGCGGCGGAAAACGAUGUUGCUGUGACAAACCCCACUAUCUGAGGCUCGGCUUCGGUUGCAGGACAAAUCUGCGCUCCUGGUCUCAAAGUUCCUGGUCCAACGACCUGCAACUGGCAAGCAAUUACAGCAGGCAACGACAGGGACUGCAACAGCGUUCUACAAUGCGACAUAUGCCUCUCCAUCUCGUCGCUGGUCAGGGGUAUAACAUGGCAAAUCUCAUUCGGCUGUUUUACCCGACGCCGUUUCCUCCCCUUGGUUCCUGCGUCAGAUUGUUUGGUCACGAAAUUUCCACUUGCCGAAAGAGCAUCUUCCAAAGGCUUGCAAAACGCUCCUCUCAUCAUCACCACAGCGCACUCAGUAUCCUCAGUGGCAUCGUGACCAUCGUCGCUUGUAUUAUUUGCAGCGGCAUCUUUUAUUAGAUCAUACCAACGAAUCUUACAGAGGCUACCACUGGACAGUUUGAGUGGCUUCUGCCCCUUUUGGCUGGGCGGUUGAUGAGAACGAGCCUUGAUCCUGGGGACGUCAAUUCGCCCUCCUUUUUCGCCUUGCUGCAAGCACAAACGUAGUAUGGUGCUGUCUACAACCGUCGUCGCUGUGCCAUCACCGCUGUCGUCCGCAUUGGUCAACUGCCAGAACUGGCUCCCCUCCCUUGUUUCUGGAUAAUCCCGCGGGAAAAUGUCAGCAAUGGGGGGAUCACAUUCCAGUUUGAUAUAGGCUUCCUCCGCAAUUCCAAUUGGACAAGCCUGCCCCUUGAUGAUCAAUUCCACAAAGAGAACCUUGGCGAUGGCAGCAUCACAGUAGAGAUCCCACCCGACUGCCGGUUCGUUUCGUGACAGGUUUGCCGGUCGUUGUGAGACCAGAAGGAGUUGGUCGCCUUGAAUCAAGCCGUGAUCCUUGUCGUCACGACAAUUUGAUGUACUUGGGUGGUCGAGAUCCGCCGCCAAAGCCGACAGAACCGUCCCAUUCGGCAGAUUGCUGUGCAGUGUUUCGGAGCUGAACAAGAGUGGAUUAUCGUUUCGACGUUUCGUCGUUUCUGGACCACCACUACGACUCGUUUGGCGACUAUCCUCGAGAACCCUCUGAACCGUGGCGGUGGCAUUGAUUCCUCUUAGCUUGAAACAAGCCAUGCCAACAUUACUUUUGUGUGAAUCAGAUCCUGUGGUGGCUUGAAACCCACCGUGCAGGACAGGCUUCGGCAUGUCACUGGAUGCUGUCCAUGAUGUUUCGAGCGCUUCAAACUCCUUGAGAACCACACUGUGUAUUGCCGGAUGCGUCCAGAAAUAGCAACGAUAGUAGAAUUCCUUUUGUGGCUGGCCUCCCAUGAGUGGUUGUGCUCCUCUUGUCACUAGCCAAUGAAUGGGCCCAAUUGCUUGGCGAGGAAACUGAUCCAGCGCAUGGAGCAUUCCUUUUCCAACACAAAUGUCCUUGUCACAUGUCAAGUUGUAAUGGCUGUUUGGAGCGUCAUUUAUUAUUGCAGCGGUAGUAGUAUCAAACUGGAAACCAAACUCGGGACAGAUCCUUUGGAUUGCGGAUUGGAGGGCUUGCUGUUGCUGUGAUGCCUUGUGUUUCAUUGAUAUUUCUGUUUUCAAGAUAAUGGGUUGUGCUGCUCGAGACCAAGUAACAUCCUGUAGGAGAGUUUUGCCCUCUCGAAUGAGCCGCAGUGCCGCCUUGGGUCCACGAUUGGUAUGUACAAUGGGUAUCUGCCAUCCCCACAGCUUGGCCAUGUGAAACCGUUUGCUGUGCCAAAUGUGCGUGGUCAUCCAAUAGCAGGGAGUUGAAUCUUUCGUCAAUUUUGUUGUUGCUUGGUCACUGGCACCCGCUCCUGACGGCACGUCAUCAGAUGACAGGCACUCUCCAUUAGGUGGUCCUGGUUGUUUCCACCAAGCUUCAUGUGGCAAAGUCAGUGUUUCCCUGUGCUUUCGUCGCCCCCUUCGACUGGUUGCUGGCGUGUCAUCUUUGCCUGCAGGAGGAUCUGAAUUCUCUUGUGCAGUAUCAGUCUCAUCUUCUUUUUGGGGUAAUGCCUUUGCCUUUUUCUUGCUCGGAAGGUCUCCCUCCCGUGGAUACCGAUGCCGCUUUCUGGCCUUGUGACUAGUGGCACGUCGUCGCAAAUGCCGUGACGAUGUUUUGCAUCCCGAACUCUUGAGGGGUCCAAGGCUGCCUUGGCGUAGUGUAUUGGUGGUAUUAUUGGUGGCACUAUUAAUACUGUAGAGCUUUUUGAGCUCUGGAAGUCGUCGAGCUGCAAAGGUGGAAGCAGAUACCGAAGCCGACGCAUCCAGAAAGGCUGGAAGUUCCUGGGCUAGCUUCCAUGCUGGCUUUCGGUAGCCAUGAUGCGGACGACGAUCGCCACCAUCUUGUCGGCGACGAUCUUUGCGGUCCAUCCUCUGCUGGUAUCCAAGAUUAUCCUAUUCUGGAUCCAUUUACUUUUGCCAACAGUUGGAUCAACAUGAUCGAAUGGCUUGGAGCGAACUAUCGAACAGAUCCCUUUUGUUUUUCAUCAGCUUUGCAGGUUCCUGACACAUUAACUCGGCUGGCUUGGAGCUUGCACC